ACUUCCCUCCUCUUGUAACUUGUAAGAGGGCGGGAAAAUGCUCCACAAUUCCGAAAUACUAGGCCACUAACACACAACUGAAAAAAAUAACUUUUGCUCUUUUCUCAUUCGAUCAAAAUUAAUUUCUAGGGUUUCGAAUUUUCGCAUCAAUUAUUGUUGCAGAAUUCAAUUUUGAAGAACAAUCGAAAUGCAUUCGAGCCAAUUUGACGGCAACGCCGCCUUCUCCGGCGGUGGAUUUAUGCCCUCUCAAGCUACUCAGUCUGCAGAUCCUUCAUUUUCUCAUGCAAAAAAUCGUGAUGCUCAAGCAUUAGUGCCGUUAACAGUGAAACAGAUAAAUGAAGCUCUUUUAGCAACGAGUGAGAAUGCGAAUUUUGUUGUUGAUGGUGUUGAUGUCAAUAAUGUGACGAUUGUCGGGCUGGUAUGUAACAAGGUUGAAAGGGUUACUGACGUCGGUUUCGUCCUUGAUGAUGGAACUGGGAGGGUUGAUGUUCACAGAUGGGUUCACGAGCCUUUCGACUCCAAUGAAAUGGCAACCAUUAAGGAUGGGAUGUAUGUACGUGUUUAUGCUAAUUUAAAAGGUUUCCAAGGUAAAAGGCAAUUGAUUGCUUUUGCUGUCAGACCUUUGACUGACUUCAACGAACUUUCAUACCACUUUCUGGAGUGCAUGUAUGUUCACAUGUACAAUACCAAAUUAAAGGCAGCCAGUGUUCCUUCUGAUGCUCAAAUGACGUCUUCAGUAAAUGGUACCCCUUUCAGAGGAUACCAGGGUACCCAGCAAAACCAAUUCGCGGGACCGUUGUCUGACUUGAAGGAUCUUGACAAAAUAGUGAUGGACUUUCUGCAGCAACCUGCUUAUCUGGCAAGCGACACGGGGGUGCAUGUUAACGAGAUUGUGCAGCGACUUGGUAUUCCACGUGAUAAGAUCAUGGCUUCAAUUAAGACUCUUGAGGUUGAAGGUUACGCCUACUCAACAAUUGAUGACGAUCACUACAAAUCAACUGGCAACGGUUGAUUUCAGUAUGUCCAGACUGAUAGGUUUUAAAGCAGUAUUAAGGCUUUACUUUCGAUCCUCUGCAUGUCUUGUAAAUUUCUGUCUUUAUGGUUGGUUAGUGAAAUCUUUUAACAGAAGCUAGUUCAAGGUUACUAAAAUGGAAAUAGGAAAAGAGGACUUGGUUGAGCUUUUUAUUAUGAUGAGAUAGUUUGUUAAUUUA